AUGGAAACACUGCUAUCACUCGGACCACAAUUCGCGCUCCCCGUUACAUCCGUACAUCAAGCCCCAAUCUACCAUCUCCUAGCAGACGUCGAAUGCAUCCUCAAAACCAAUAGCGAUACUGAAAUCGGCAUAGCCAACCUAAUCACGAACUACAUCCAUCACAUCAAACACGGUCAAACACAUGCAGAUCCUCUGGACAAAUUCCUCAAUCAUGCUGAACGCGUUACGAAGAACUUCGUCAAGGCAAACUCCGAUGUACUGAUAGUUCCGUCGGACAAAGGAAACAAAACGGUGCUCAUCCAGGCAGACGACUAUCGGCGUAAGAUGCUAGACAUGCCGAAAGCGCAUAAGGAAGGACUACCACUCAGGCCAGUAGUGCCAAAUAUGACAGCACCGUCGUACAAUCUGCCCAAAUAUGUUGGUCAGAUCAUUCAAAAAUCCAUCUACAGUCCAUACAACAUAAAAGACUCCUUUUCAUUCUGCCACUUCAUCAAUGAAGUUGAACUACCACCCAACUACGUGUUGAUUUCGCUCGAUGUCAAAUCGCUUUUCACAUCAAUCCCCAUCCCACUUAUUCAACACGACAUCAUCAUGCGAUGGAACAAGAUAAUGCCACACACGAUCAUCAACCUGGAUCUGUUCCUGGAGCUGGUUAACUUCUGCCAUAUUCUAAACGUAUUUAACAGCUAUGACGUUCACAUCCAGUUCACACACGAGUUGGAAGUGAACAACAAAUUACCGUUUUUGGACAUGUUGCUCGUCAGACAGGACAACCAGCGGAUAAAAACAGAAUGGUACAUGAAACCCAUCGCCAGCGGACGUUUUCUUGAUUUCCUUUCGUACCAUCCCAUGAGCAUGAAACUGAAUGUUGCCAAAAACUUCAUCAGCCGAGUCUACCGACUAUCCACCAACCAAUCAGACGAGGAAAAUGCAAUCAUCAUCGACAACCAGCUCAGACUCAAUCACUAUCCUGCUCAUCUACGACACCGUCUGAUAAAUCGCAUGACCGAACAUCGCCAAUCGCCUAGCAUAACAUCAGCCGACGAGGAUCAACAACAGCAAACACCUCCAGUCCGGCAAGACACAGCACCAUCCAAACAAUCUGCUAGAUCCAACCAACAGCACUAA